ACUGGGCCAAAUUUAACCACGGGAGGAGGGGCAGGCCGGACAUGGCUGAGAGUUUGUCCAGUAGUGUGUUGUGGUCAGUGGAAGAACCUCAUUUGGGUGGGUCGUCCUGGAUCUUGCCUGCCUGAGCUGUUCGGUGUGGACCUGACGCUGUGGCUGGUCGGAGUCGCUUUUCCUGUCCAUUCAAGGGCAUUACUGAGAGGCUACGAAUAUCACGCUUGUUCCGAGGCCCGUCAAGGCAGCGUUCGGCCUCAUGGACCCCCGAAGACUCAUAGGAGUUCAAUACAAGGGAUGUAGAAGGUGACAAGUCCCAGCUCUGUGCUCACAUAGACGAUGGGGGACUGGAACCUUCUAGGAAAGCUCCUGGAAAAUGCCCAGGAGCACUCCACCGUGGUGGGCAAGGUGUGGCUCACGGUACUGUUCAUUUUCCGCAUCCUGAUCCUGAGCGCCGCCACAGAGAAGGUGUGGGGCGAUGAGCAGUCGGGCUUCACCUGCGACACCAAGCAGCCCGGUUGCGAGAACGUGUGCUACGACAUCACUUUCCCUAUCUCCCACGUUCGCUUCUGGGUGCUCCAGAUCAUCUUUGUGUCCACGCCUACGCUGAUCUACCUGGGCCACAUCCUGCAUCUGGUGCGCAUGGAGGAGAAGCAACAGGAGAAACAGAAGACUCAAGCACAUCCACCACACAAGCUGACCCUCGUUGUGAAUGCCCACAAGCACAAAAAAGCCCUAAUGAGAGACGAGAAAGGACAUGUGCGCCUGCAGGGGGAACUCUUGCGCACCUAUGUCUUUAAUGUCAUUUUUAAGACCCUCUUUGAGGUGGGCUUCAUUGUGGCCCAGUACCUGUUGUACGGCUUUGAGCUGAAGCCCAUGUACACCUGCGACAGGCCGCCUUGUCCCAACGCGGUCAACUGCUACAUCUCCCGUCCCACCGAGAAAACCAUCUUUAUCAUAUUCAUGCUGGGUGUGGCCAGUGUUUCCCUCUUCCUCAACCUCAUUGAGAUCUAUCACCUGGGCUUCACCAAGUGCCGCCAGGGCAUUACCUUUAGGAGAAGGAACCAGUCACCCCAGACCGUCUCCAAGGGACACAGUGACACCGAAGUGCCGUUUGGGCCUACAUAUGAAGACUACUUCCAAGAGCAUCGUCCUCCCAGCUACAACCUCUCACCUCUGUCUGAGGGCGCCAACUCGUCCUUUCACCCUUGUAACAGCAAGGCGGCCUACAAACAGAAUAAGGACAACUUGGCGGUGGAAAGGAGCAGCAGCAACCCAGAGGAAUGUGACCUGAAAGGGAAGAAGCGUGAGGGAUCUGCCCCGGGGUCACCCACGCAGAGCAGGCAAGGCCGCAGUGCCAAGCACAGCAACAACAAGACGAGAAUAGAUGAUCUGAAGAUAUGAGACAUGUUGCUCUUUCUGAGUGGUCUUACAUUGGGGUGAAGGGACGGAAUGCUGUUUGGAAACUUAUGUAUUCGUGGUACAGUUUUGACUCAUUCCAAAUAAGACUCUCAAGGUCCGCAAAAGUGGUUUUGUGAAACAUUGAUUUCAUAAUAGAUGCAGGAAAUGACACACGGUCCACUUGUUGAGGCAACGCAGUACAGUGUAACCUCCAAAGUUGCACACACUUCAUUCCGUAAAGCUGCUUUUUGUCGUUACUCUAACUUCAAAAUAACUUCUUCAUAGGAAUUAAUUCCACCAACAUAUUUUUUGUUUGAACUAUUACAACUGAUUCAUUUUCACAUCCUUAACUGAGCUAUCUAAAAGUAAAUUUAAACUAAUUUAAGUAAACGUUAAUGGGGGUAGGUUGAUUGAAUGCUCUAAAUUGUACGUAGGUGUGAUUGCAAAUGGUUGUUUGUUUAUAUGUGCCCUGCGAUUGGCUGGCGACCGGUUCGGGGUGUAAACCGCCUCUCGCCUGAGGAUAGCUGGGAUGGGCUCCAGCACGCCCGCGACCCUGGUGAGGAGAAGCGGUACGGAAAAUGGAUGGAUGAAUUUAACGGGGUGGCACGGUGGUCGAUUGGUUAGCGACCACUGAUCUACUUAAAGUGAAGGCAGCAUUUAAGCAUUCCCGCUCCACUUUUUAAUCAAAGUCAGCAAAGGCCCAAUUCUCAUAUUUCUCUGAAAGAUUAUGCUGAGAGAUUCUCCUGUUGAGUAGGGUGUGCAGUGAGUGAUUUUUCUUCAGUUAGUGAGUUGGGCCAAGCCACAAACUCUGCGAUUGUGACAAAAGAUAAUUUGGAAAAAGCGCUUCGCUUUUAAAGGUAUAUAGUAAAUAGAGGAGUAACUGGUUGUGUUAAGUGUUUGUAUAACGUGUCCUCUAAAUCAGUGGUUCCCAAACCUUUUUUCACCAAGUACCACCUAAAAUAAUGCUUAGUUCUCCCAGUAACACCAGGCAGAGGUUUUAUUCUUAAAAGGUAUACAGUAUUUAAUAUUAUUGAAAGGCAUUGUAACAUUAUAUUGUACAAUCUUAACACUGCACUUAAAUUAUGAUUCAAACGGCACAUAAAAGUUAAGAAAAAAAUUGUAGAUGCCAAUAUCUUGUAAUAAUAGAUUCCAGUGUCUUGUACUUAAAGUGAAUACAACUGAACUGUACUCAACAAAUGAACUGUACUGGAUUAAAACAAAGUUGAACCCACUGUAACACUGUGCCCAGUUUGAACAUUUAAUUUUGGGAUUAUUUCACUUACCACGAGAGGGAGUCUACGUACUAAUCGUGGUACGUGACUCACACUUUGACAAAUCAUUUACCAGAAGAAAAAUACCAAGAAGAAUUGGCAACUGCAAUACAGUUACCAGAUGAGCUAACAGUUGUCUUGUCUUAUUCAAUUUCUUCUACUACUACUCUUUCUUCUUCCUUGUAUCGUCUAUCAGUGUGGAUACCCUGUGGCACUGUGGUGCCUCUCACAGGUUAGUCUACUACAACAGACAUGGUUAUAUGCGAAUAGUCGUUAACAAGUUUGUUCUCAUGUCCCACCUAUGCACUUUACUAGAAUGAGUUGACAUUUAACAAUGUAUAUUUUCUCAUCAUGGAAAUAAUGGUAAUAGAAAGAAUCUGUUCCGGGGUCACACUGAAAUGAUUUCCAGAAGAUGUUUUGAGUAACCUUUUACACAAGGUAAAACUAAGUAAUUUGUCAAUAGUAAAACAUGAAAACAAUCAAGGCACCCUUUAAAGUGAUUGUUGCGGUGAUGAGCAUAUAGAAAGAGAUUACUACUUGUGCUUGGGAGGUAUGUCUCUUCACGUAAAGAACUCAUUUUCUGGUGUACAUUCCAAUCUUGUCCGAUGUUAUUACAGCCGCUUCUGCAAUAUUGUACUAAACUGCCAGGAAAAAGAUGUGUAUACAGCUUUCUUAUAUGUCAAUAAUUUCCAUUUCUUAUUCUAUGGUCAUCACCAUGUUUCUUCUCCCUUUCAGUGGGGGUGUCACAAAAAUCCACUUGCUAAUGCCUUUUUUUUUUGGUGACAAACAAGACCACUGGACCGCUGAUAGUUUCAGUGUCUUUCAUCAGUCUUCUCACCCCCGCAAACUGCAAACAUAUUGUGCUGUGUUUGUAUACUCACACAUGAAUGUAUUGAGCUCAUCCAGGAAAUCAUGUUGGUGCCUCUGGUAUUUAAAAAAAACAAAAACAAAUAACUUGUAAAUGAGUUAACAACAUAGCAUGUUCAUGACGACAAAGCCUCCUGCCUGGUGUGAUAAUAAUAUUCCUGUUAACACUUGAUGUGAAGGGAAGAGGAAAUGCGUGUUUGUUCUAAUAUAAAUGUAUUAAAAACAAACAACAGAUCAUUAGAUUUCAGACGUCUUGGUGUAUGCACAUUUUUUCCUGUUUCACCAAGCGCUUGUUCAAUAAGAAACACAUUUCUCAAAAUAUGCGAAAGUCAAACCAGGAAAAAACAUGAUGUGGGAGCAUGAUCUGUAACUUAUGGCUUCAUAAAUUUACAUUAUGGUUUUAAAUUUCAUAAUACCAUUAUACAAAUGGAAACAACAUAUAUGGGUUAUGAUGGGUCAAAAUGUACAGGAUGACAUACAACAUCUUAAAAUGUGACACAGUGGUCAUCCUCAAGCCGGCGCCCUCAACGUUAGGUACACUUGCUUGAGCUAAUGAAACUCACCAAAAGAAAUAACUCUCUCUAUAUAUAUAUAUAUAUAUAUAUAUAUUGGUGCCUUGAGAUGUGAGUUUAAUCUGUUCCAUGACCACACUGGUAACUCAAAUCACUCGCAUCUGAAAUCAUAUUUACCCAUUGAAAUGACUGGAAAUUCCAUGGAUCUAUUCCAGCCUCACCCAAACAAAUAACAAAAUGAUUUAGAUUUUUUAAAUGAGAAAAAUAGCACUCUAAAAUAUUGUACUUUAUAAAAACAUCCAAUAAUGACAGGAUUGGAUACAAUUUUAUAUAAUAAAACAGUUUCUGGUGGCACGGUGUAGACUGGUUAGUGCAUCUGCCUCACAGUUCUGAGGACUGGGGUUCAAAUCCCGGCCCCGCCUGUGUGGAGUUUGCAUAUUCUCCCCAUGCCUGGGUGGGUUUUCUCUGGGUACUCCGGUGUCUUCCCACAUCCCAAAAACAUGCAUGGUAGGUUAAUUGAAGACUCUAGAUUGUCCGUAGGUAUGAACGUGAGUGCGAAUGGUUGUUUGUUUAAAUGUGUUUUGGGAUUGGCUGGCCACCAGUUCAGUGUGUACGCCGCCUCUCGCCCGCAGUUAGCUGGGACAUACUCCAGCACACCCGUGACCCUAGAGAGGAUAAGCGGUGUAGAAAAUGGAUGGAUCGAAAACAGUUUCUGUCACAUUUUGCAUUAAUAGAUUGGCCAUUGUGCUGCUGUCCGCCUUGGCCACCUGGGGACAGUAUAAGUACUGUACUUAGAAGUCUGUACAAUAUAGGUGCCUCAGAUCAUCUCAGCUCCUUGCAGAUGAUAAGGAAUAUAUGAAUGUGAGUACUGUUAUAUUGAAUGUCUAAAUGUGAAGCUGUUUGUGUAAAUAUCUGUUACUUAACGGGAUAUAUGUGUUUCCCAUUAUGUGUUAGCAGUAGCAUUAAGCUAGCGGACUAAAGGCUAAGCUACAAUAUGUCUUUGCUUUAAAUACUUUAAUUCUCCUAAUUUUAUGUUUAGUUUGGCAGUAAACCUCAACUGGAAAUGAAGUUACACAGCUUGAAGCCUCUUGAAGAAUUGUUCACUAUUUGCCAAAUUGUGAAGUGAGUUGAGUUGGGGUCACGACCACUUUACAGCGCUCGUAUCUCAUGAGUCAAAGGAAAGAAUUGGGCGAAUGAAAGCUUGUAUCUCGAAAAACUGUCGGGUCACUCGUAUCUCAAGUCGCCACAUUGUACCUUUGCAAUGAUACUGCAAAGAUAACUGUCUUCAGUUUUAACUCACACCAUGAGGGAUUAAUUUAACAAUAUGUUUAUUAUCAUGGUUGAAGUGUUAGGGCAGCUUGAUUACGCUGUGGUUAGCACAUCUGCUUCACAGUUCGAAGAGUUGGGGUUCAAAUCUUGGCUCUGGCCUUUCUGUGUGGAGUUUGUACAGUAUGUACUCCCCGUGCUUGUGUGGGUUUCUCCAGGUCCGAGAGCCUCCAUCCAUCCAUCCAUUUUCCACACCACUUAUCCUCACUAGGGUCACAGGUAUGCUGGAGCCCAUCCCAGCUAACUGAACUGGUUGCCAGCCAAUCACAGGGCACAAAUAAACAACCAACCAUGUGGACUCACAUUCAUAUCUACGGACAAUUUAGAGUCAUCAAUUAACCUACCGAGCAUGUUUUUGGGAUGUGGGAGGAAACCAGAGUACCUGGAGAAAACCCACGCAGGCACAGGGAGACCAUGCAAACUUCACACAGGCGAGGCCGGAUUUGAACCCGGGUGACCAGGUCAGGAUGACCCUCGCCUCCCUCCCAAAGUCAGCUCGAAUGGGCUCCAGUUCACUGCAACUCUAGUGAUUUCAAUGUGGCGUAGAAAAUGGAUUGAUGAUGAUAAUUUGCAGUGGUGAAAAACUAGAACUGUAUUGCAUCAUACAUGUGUUUCCAAUACCUGCAUGUUGUUUUUGUAUGGCAGUUUGGUUUCAAAUACUACCUUAAAUACUGUAAGCUAAACAAAAUAUUAGAAACAUCGCCAAGUAUGAUGUACUAACUGAUGUACUCCAUUAUUGUUGUUAUAUUGCCUUUGUAGUGGCAGAGCUUCUGAUACAGCGCUUGUAUUGGAUGUUAUAUUAAAAGGGUGGUGUACCUAAUGUUGUGGGCAGUAAAUAUAUAGUCCUAUGUGUGUACAAGAGCUAUUUUAGUCUCUUCUUUUCAAGACAUCUUCAUUUUGUUCUGCUUCUGGUGCAGCUACUUAAACCUCUGGGGAAUAUGUCACCAAGUUGAAUCUGACUUUCCUCACUAAAAACAAAACCUUUUUACUUUUCAGACCCCCUCUGUGCUAAUAAUGCCCUUAAACACGAGUGAGAAAUGUUUUAAUGUGAAUUAAUCAUCAGUGCAGUGUUAACUAAAAAUGUGCCCAUGGGGGACACCCCAUUGAUUCUGUUCUAAAUGCCAGACCUCAAAGAAACACCUGGAGAGAAUUUCAU